AUGGAGCGUUCGAGUGGCAAAUCAGUUGAAUUGACUUCAGAAACCGGAACACUGUUUGUUUUCUUCACUGGUGGAAUUGUGUUUUUAACACUUAUAGUAAAUGGUUCAACCACACAAUUCAUUUUACACUACCUUGGCAUGGAUAAAUUAUCAGCAGCUAAGAGACGUAUCCUCGACUUCACAAAGUAUGAAAUGUUGAACAAGGCAUUGGAGGCUUUUGGGGAACUUGGAGAUGAUGAGGAACUUGGGCCUGUUGACUGGCCCACAGUGAAGAGAUAUAUCUCCUGCUUAAAUGACAUUGAAGGUGAACGUGUUCACCCUCAUGGUGCACUUGAAAGUGAUAGUAACCUAGAUCCUAUGAACUUGAAAGACAUAAGAGUACGCCAUCUGAAUGGUGUACAAGCUGCUUAUUGGGAGAUGCUUGAUGAGGGAAGAAUUUCUCAAACAACAGCUAAUAUCCUUAUGCUUUCCGUAGAGGAAGCAAUAGAUUUGGCUUCAUCUGAGCCUCUAUGUGACUGGAGAGGUUUAAAAGCUAACGUUCAUUUCCCGAAUUACUACAAGUUUCUCCAGUCCAGUAUAUUCCCACCGAAGUUAAUCACAUACUUCACUGUGGAAAGGUUGGAAUCUGCAUGUUAUAUUUGUGCUGCAUUUCUUCGAGCUCACAGAAUUGCUCGACAACAAUUACAUGACUUCAUAGGUGACAGUGAUGUUGCUUCUGCUGUCAUCAAUGAAAGUGUUGUAGAAGGAGAAGAAGCACGUAAGUUCCUAGAAGAUGUUAAUUUAACAUACCCACAGGUUUUGCGUGUUGUAAAAACAAGGCAAGCAACAUAUGCAGUGCUAAAUCAUUUAAUUGAAUAUGUUCAAAACCUUGAGAAGGCUGGGAUAUUGGAAGAGAAAGAGAUGCUACAACUCCAUGAUGCUGUCCAGACUGAUUUAAAGAAAUUACUUAGAAAUCCUCCCUUGGUUAAGCUUCCUAAAAUAAGUAAUAUACAUCCUAUGUUGGGUGCUCUCCCAUCUUCAGUUAGUGAAUCACUUUCAACCUCUACCAAGGAAACGAUGAAAUUGCGUGGUUUGACACUUUACAAGGAAGGUGCCAAGUCUAAUGGUAUUUGGUUAAUUUCUAAUGGAGUGGUGAAGUGGAAAAGCAAGAUGGUUAGCACCAAGCACUCCUUUUAUCCUACUUUUACGCAUGGGAGCACAUUGGGUCUUUAUGAAGUGCUGACUGGAAGACCAUAUAUCUGUGAUGUCAUCACAGAUUCCGUGAUAUUCUGCAUUUUUCUUGAAGCUGAAAAGAUAAGAUCAUGUCUCAAAUCAGAUCCUUCAACGGAAAAAUUCCUAUGGGAGGAAAGUUCUAUUUUCCUGUCCAAACUAUUGCUUCCCCAUAUAUUUGAGAAACUGGGUAUGCAAGAGUUAAGAGCUCUUGUUGCAGAUCCAAAGAGAUCUCGAAUGACGGGUCCUUUGCCUCAAUGA